CCCCAGCGCCCCCUGGCGUCGCGGAGGCCGGGGGAUUGUGGAGUCUGGCCCAGACGGGUUCCCCGGGGGCUGACAUCCUGUGCAGAGAGGGGAACUGGUGUGGGGAGUCGCCCUCAGCAUCGCAGCGUCUGCUUGAGUGCGCUCUGGGAGCCACGUUCUCAGGGAAGGAGCAAGUGUGUGGAGUCCAGGGCAGGAAAGCACAGGGACUAUAGUUCCUUGGAGGAGGGGCAAUUCACCCAGCCUCUUGGUCAAAGGCAGCUUCUCCCAGGAGGGGCUUCAGCCUGCCCACCAUGAAAGGACAAUUUUCAACCCGUCAAUGCUCUGAAAUUUCUCAAAGUGCUCUUAAAAUAGCUCUCUGUGCAGGGAUAGGACUGCACAUAGGCCUGCUAUGGGCAUGGGAGCCUCACCUUUGGGCCCACAAGACCCUAGGCCUGACUUUCUGGAAAUGGGAGGUACACUGAGAGCUCUGCCUAUUUUGCUUAAGAUUUUGGCUGCCAGGCAGCAGUGAUGCUUCUGCAGGUAUUGCCUUCUUUGCUCUCAGGUGCUGGAACAAAAUUGUAUUUCUUUCUUGUGGCAUAAGGGAUUCCUGCUUUAGUCCCCAGGCACCUGCUGUGGUCCCCUGGUGUCACUGCUGUUGUGGGAGCAUGACUUGUCAGGCCUUGUAGGCAAUAGAACAACACUUAACGCCGCGGGAGGUUGCCUCCAGUCUUCCGGAGAAAUUGCUUGUCUCAGCAGGUGGCAUCUCUGAGGUCUGAGAGGUAACAGGGACCAGAAGACCUCAAAAGAGUUUUCCCUGUGCAAUGAGGUUGGCUAGUUGCUAAAUAUACUGCAAUCAGACUAGUAGCUUGUGCACCUUGUAGGGCAGAUGAGGGCUCAGGGGAGAGUUAACUAAAGGACUAGCCCUUGGUUGUCAGCUAGUCUUGGUGGUUGCCACGACACAGAAGUUAGGGAGGGAAGUCCCAAAUACUGCACCUGAGGUCCCUGGGGCCUCAGAUGGAAAGAUCAGAAUUCCCAGGGCUUCCGUGGCAGCCUGGACGUUGAGAGUGAGUGGAGAGAAACGUAUUUGACUCUAAGUGCUUGUCUGUUCUUCAGGCUAAGGGCUCGACUUCUCUCUCAUUCCUCAUUCUGCCCUCCAGUCUUCUGAGACUUUUCCCCUUUGGCUCAGAAAAUCUUAGCUUGGAGACACUGUCCCCACAUUUUCCAGCAGAAGAUAGAAACUCGGUUACUUUCAUCUCUCUCUAGAAGUCUGUGACAGAGAAGCUUCAGGUCUAUGGGGUAACAGUGCCCAAGGGUCUUGGGGCUUUUUUAUGUCCUUCCUGUCUGCAGUGGCUUAGAAAGAGGGAUCCUGUGUUCCUAGGACCAGGGCUGAAGUGGAGGUGGCCUCUCAUGGGCUUCCAGAGGAGGCAGGGCCCUUUGCGGACAGGCCUGCGGGCGGGACUGCUGCUGCUCCUCAGCUGGAUGACGCUUGCUCAGCGGACCUCUCUCUCAGCGGUGGCCAACCACUUGUGCCAGGCCACCUGGGAUGCUGAUGGCGGCCACUAUCCCGGCUUCUUCUGUCCUCGGCUCUCCGAUACUCCGGAGGAAGCCUACUGCUGCCACCUGCAGGCUGCAGGGGGCUCCUGCUGCACCCGUGCUGAAUUUGAGGCCUUGUACCAGGUCAACUUGUCUACCCUCCCGUCCCCAGCCGUCUUCAGGGGCCCGGGCCCGCUGCUGGCGCUGGGCCUCUACAGCCUCCUGCUGGUGGCCCUGGUGACCGCAGACCUCGUGCACUUCUGCCGCAGCCGGGGAAGGGGCCGGGGCCCGAGCCGGCGGCCUCCCGCGGGGUCCUCCGCCGCGCGCCCCCUGCAGGUCUCGGCGGGAACACACUAG